UACUUUCUCCUUCGCCCUUGCUCGGAACUACAUCAAGAUCGCUCACGUUUGAUGCUCGACUACAUAAAGCUGGGCAGCGUGAUUUGAGGCAGAUAGCGUCAGCUUGUUUUGUGUGGCGCAGCUUGUUUUAAUCAUCACGGGCCGACGCGGUUACAACACACUCUUGCCGUAGGUUACACGUUACGCAAUGAACGUGACGGUGGCAGAGUGACUUCUCGCAGCUACAACAGGCUAGCUCAGCUAGCUAGCUCAGCGGGUCAGGCAGACGACUUCGGGUUCGUCUCCGUUGGUGAAGCGAAGCGCUCGCGCUGAAGUGGGCCGCGUGUUCAGCAGGUUCGGGUAGGUCACCCAGUCCGCGUCCAACCGCCUCGUCUUGUGCUCCAAAUGGCGUUUGUAACGGCGCUACGGAGAGUGGCUCACGUGAGCUUACGAGAGUAUCCGUGGAGGACCGCGGCAGUAACUUCGGCUGCCUGGCUGACGGGUCAGAGGGGGUUCACCGGCGGCACACGGUCGGACAACAAGGUGACGGUGAACUUCAUCAACAGAGACGGGGAGAAGAUCACAGCGAAAGGGUCGCCUGGAGACUCUCUGCUAGAUAUCGUCAUUAAUGAAGACCUCGACUUUGAUGGCUUUGGGGCGUGCGAGGGAACCCUGGCGUGCUCCACAUGUCAUCUAAUCUUCACCGAGGAGGUCUACAAGAGUCUGGGGCCGGUCACAGACGAGGAGAUGGACAUGCUAGACUUAGCCUACGGCUUGACGGACACAUCUCGUCUGGGCUGCCAGAUCUGUCUGACGAAGUCUCUGGAGGGCAUCGUGGCGAAGGUUCCCGAGAGCGUCGCCGACAUCCGCCAGAGCCAAGACGGAUCCUCUUAACGUCUACACACCGGGGUUAUCGUGCCAGGUCAGAACCCCCUAACCGUAACCCACGGAGGGGCUCAACUGUCGACACUGCUGGACUGCCACAGGAUUGUUUCCUUCAUUUUAAAAACAAAAAAACUACAAGUCGCAGACUCGAGAAUCAGCUCUCAAUAACCAGGAUGUGAGAAUGUGGAAUUUGGACACGCACAUGAAGACCAAAUCAUUUUUAUUGAAAGCAAAACUGCACGAGUCAAGAUACUUACUGUAAACCAUUAGAGUGUUGUAGUGUAAGGAAUGAUAUCACAACAUGAUCAUCAUUCUAGAUAAUCCGUCUGGAUUUUACUCACUUUUAGGAGUCACUCUGGCACAUGAGCAUGUUUUAACCCUCGAGUCCUCUAGUUUACGGCUGUGCCUUUGCAUCACCUAAGAAGGUUUCUCUUGUAAAUAUGACUCCAGUUAUAAAGACAAGAUUCUGUGUAAAUUCAGUCAUAUUCAAUAAGAGAAACGGUACACGACUGAAAGUCAACCAACAGUUCUCACACACACAUAUGUAUACCCCUAGUGUUUGAUCAGAUUCACCAUGUAACCAUUUAAUUUCACAUUUGAUUGUACAUAGCUAGAACACACGUGUGUUUUUUACAUAUAUAUUAUAUAUCAUGUAUAGAGGGAAUAAUUAUGUAAUAAAAAUUACCUUUCUAACGGCA